AACAGCUAGCAAGCCAUCGAGAUCACCAACGCACGUACAGAGACCUCGUCUCAUCUUUCCAGUUCACAGGCCGUUGUCAAGAAUGAAGGUGAAGCCCGGCACGGAGCCGGCCACCGGCGUCCCCGUCGGCGGCGCACCCGGCACCCCCACCGCCUGGUCCUCCACCGGCGUCCCCUUCGGCGGCGCACCCGGCGCCCCCACCGCCUGGUCCUCCGGCCUCUUCGACUGCUUCGACGACUGCGGCCUCUGUUGCCUGACUUGCUGCUGCCCGUGCAUCACGUUCGGCAAGGUGGCGGAGAUCGUGGACCGGGGCGCGACGUCGUGCGGGACGAGCGGCGCGCUCUACGUGCUGCUGGCGUCGCUCACGGGGUGCCACUGGAUCUACUCCUGCACCUACCGCUCCAAGAUGCGCGCCCAGUACGCGCUCCCGGACGAGCCCUGCUGCGACUGCUGCGUGCACUACUGCUGCGAGCCCUGCGCGCUCGUCCAGGAGUACAAGGAGCUCAAGGCCCGCGGCUACGACCCCGAGAUCGGCUGGCACCUCAACGUCGAGCGCCGCAACGGCGGCCCCGGCGUCAACCCGCCCGGCAUGCAGCAGAUGGGCCGCUGAUCGAACCCGGCUGCUCAAUGCCUUGCUCUACGUGUGAAGGGAGGGUCGAUCGAGCAAGCGUUCUUUCGUGCUUGGUAAAUUGUCGCAUAGACUUGGUUAAGUUCAUAAUGUGGAGGGGUUUACGUUGUAUGGUGAGUUCAUGUGAUGUCAUGACCAGAAACGUGUGUACUUUUUUUUGUUUGCGAUGGCAGAACGUGCGUACGUUAAUGUCGCUGUGCAUUUCAUGAUUGUACUUGUAUGGCUGGCCAGCUGGCCGGCCUCUGGUUUUGAAUAAAAAUCACGUUUGCUAUUCCUUA